UCUCCAGCAGGGAGCUCACGAUGAGCAGAAAAGACUCAGUCAUUUCUCAACUAGUUAAUUUUUUUAAUUAUUUAAAAGAUCCAUACCUUGUUUCUGGCUUUCAGAACUUCUUUGGAGUGUACCGUAUGGACUGUGAAAAAAAUGGUAACCUAAAUGGAAAUGCUGUUAGUUGUGAUAAACAAACUGUCAGUGAAAAGUCAAGAACUAAAUGUAAAAUUAUAACUAUCAAAUACGAUGGAUCCUCUGGUAACAGUGUAUUAAGACACAGGAAAACUGCGUCUAGUGACUCUGGAAGCAGCGUAAAUAGCCCUUUCACGUCGGAUGGAGAGGAAAUAUCAGAUGCUGAUUCUGAUCUCGAAAAUACAGUGCAAUGUAGAAUCGAGAAUAGAUUUUGGUACUAUUUUUUUAGCUUUGGUGCUAGUCUAGGUUAUGAAAUGUUCUAUGCAAGCUUCUUUCCUUUUUGGAUAUGGAAUAUAGAUGGUGCAGUCUGCAGACGUGUAAUCAACGUUUGGGUUUUAAUAAUGUAUGUUGGACAAGCUAUGAAAGAUAUAAUUUGUUGGCCUAGACCUGCUGCUCCUCCAGUAAUACAUUUAGAACCGCGUUAUGUCAUAGAAUAUGGCAUGCCUUCCACACAUGCAAUGGUUGGAGCUGCUGUGCCUUUUUCAUUUUUAUAUUUCACACUCCAUCGGUAUGAAUAUCAAGUUAUAGUUGGCAUCCUGAUUGCUACAGUAUGGUGCAUUCUAGUUUGUUGCAGUCGUUUAUACAUGGGAAUGCAUACAGUUUUGGAUAUUAUUGGAGGUCUGGUGCUUGUUGCUAUUUUGAUGACAGUAAUACUGCCUUUCUCUGAUAAGGUUGAUCACUACCAGCUGAUAAAUACAUAUUCCCCACUUGUUACAAUCGGAUUUAUGCUUCUCUUGCAAAUAAUAUAUCCUAAGACUGAGCGGUGGACUCCUGCUAGAGGUGACACAGCAGUUAUCAUGGGCACUGGCACUGGUUUUGCUUUGGGAUCAUGGCUGAACUAUCGUCUGGGUGUCAUACGUGGACCAGCAUUACCUCCUCCAUAUGAUAUUAUGUGGCCAGAUUACAGAGUUUUUGGUUUAGCUCUUUUGCGAGCUAUAAUAGGUAUAUCAUGUAUUGUGGCAACUCGAGCAUUUUUCAAAAGCGUGUCUUAUGCAAUAUUUUGUUUUGUUAUGCGAGUGGAUUCCAGUGAUCUGAAGUCAAGGCAAAAAAUUCUUGUUGAGAUACCUUCUAAAUUUAUAACUUACUCUGCUAUAGGUUUUGUAAUUACUUAUGUUGCUCCAUUUGUGUUCAGACUGUUGAAUAUUGAGCGUGAGACUAUGUUUACUGAAGUUUAA